CAAAGCGAUCGUUGUCAAUACACACCGUGUUGUUACAAUAUCUCGUCGGAAAGUUGGUUACAAUAUUCAUCUCUAACAGCCGCUGAUUCUAAAUCCAAAGCGAUUAAUUUAAAUCAUUCAAAAGGCUACAAACACAAAGAAAAAGCAAUCAAAAAUGUCAUCGGAACGGAAUAAAGUGAAAUUAUCCAAAAGUAUUUUAGACAUGAAGUUCAUGAAACGCACCAAAGAGAAGGUUUUAAAGGAAGAAGAUGAUGCCCAAAGUAGAGCCAUGUAUUCCAAUGAGAUAACAGAGAAGAUGCUGAAAAGUGAGAGUUAUUACAUUAUUGAGCCGAGUUACGUGCCAUGCGAAGACCUCAACGACGGCCGAUUCAGUUUCCGCGGAAUGAAUCCAGAUAUUGAACGCAUCUUAGAAUUGGAAGAGCAAGCCAAACAAGCGACCAUCGACCAGAAUGUUAAGAAAGACGUAACGGAUGAAGACAUGACUGCCUACUAUGGAAACGUGAAGAAAACAAUUGAGCGAAAAUUCCAAUCGAAAACACACCGUCGAACAGUAACAUUGCCUGAGCCAAAAUUCAAAAAGCCCAGAUUGGACGAUGUGUGAUGCAAAAAGUGCACCAAUUGAAGUGAAUAACAUUCUCUUUUUUUUGUAAUUAUGAUUCGACUUAGUGAUAAGAAUUUAGAACUUCCCACUGAAUAAAUGCGAAUAGAAAUAUUGAAAUAAAUGUAGAUUUAAUGAGCGAUUCAA